AUGUAUCUCUUUUUCAUCUGCAGUCUUACACUCAUCCAGAUUGCUCAAUCCGUCAGUGUCAACUGUCCCUGCGGGUGGCUACUGAAGGAGCAAGACACUAUUUACACGCACCGACUUUAUGAGGAUUUCGCCCAGUAUCCCGACAUUGACUCACUUCUCAACAGCCGCGAAGCUGCCAGGUUCAACCGAGAUUGGAUGAUCUACGAUUAUUAG